AUGAGAGGCAGCAACCAGUCGAGUGUCUCUGAGUUCCUCCUCCUGGGACUCUCCAGGGAUCCCCAGCAGCAGCGGCUCCUCUUCCUGCUCUUCCUCACCAUGUACCUGGCCACUGUCCUGGGAAACCUGCUCAUCAUCCUGGCCAUCGGCACAGACUCCCGCCUGCACACCCCCAUGUACUUCUUCCUCAGCAACCUGUCCUGUGUGGAUGUCUGCUUCUCCUCCACCACUGUCCCCAAGGUGCUGGCCAAUCACAUACUUGAGACUCAGGUCAUUUCUUUCUCUGGGUGUCUCACACAGAUGUAUUUUCUUUUUGAACUUACAGACAUGGACAAUUUCCUGCUGGCUGUGAUGGCCUAUGACCGGUAUGUAGCCAUCUGCCACCCCUUACACUACACAACAAAGAUGACCCAUCAGCUCUGUGCUCUCCUUGUGUUCUGGUCAUGGAUGGUAGCCAGCCUGAAUGCUCUGUUGCACACCCUGCUCAUGGCUCGGCUCUCAUUCUGUGGGGACAACACCAUUCCCCACUUCUUUUGUGAUGUGACUCCCCUCCUGAAACUGUCCUGCUCUGACACACACCUCAAUGAGCUGAUGAUCCUCACAGAGGGAGCUGUUGUCAUGGUUACCCCUUUUGUCUGCAUCCUGAUCUCCUACAUCCACAUCACAUCUGCUGUCCUGAGAGUCUCAUCCCCAGGGGGAAGAUGGAAAGCCUUCUCCACGUGUGGCUCCCACCUGGCUGUGGUCUGUCUCUUCUAUGGCACCAUCAUCGCUGUGUAUUUCAACCCCGCAUCUGCACAUUCAUCUGAGAAGGACACGGCAGCCACCGUGCUGUACACAGUGGUGACCCCCAUGCUGAACCCGUUCAUCUACAGCCUGAGGAACAGGGACCUGAAAGGGGCUCUCUACAAAGUGGUCCACAGGAAGAUACUCUCUUUCUGA